CUCCGCCAACCGCCCCGUCUUCGGUAGUGGCUUCAGCCGGCCUUAAGCUACCCUCGACCAUCGUCUAUGAUCAUCAUAUUGUAGCCCGGCCGUUGGUGCAAUAUCACCCUGGAAAACUUCAGCUGCCGCCAGUCUGAACAGUGUCCUCGUAUACCUACGGGCAUCUCCGUUGAGACUACGAAACACCAAAGCGUAUCGCUCAUUGCAAACGGUCCGAAUGUCAACACCACGUCGACCAUUAUGUAUGUCGGCCGAGUCAAGCCUCGUAUUCGAGUUCGGCGGGCGUUUCCCCGGGCCGUGGUUUGCCUUGCUGCCCAAAUUCAGGCUGUGAUACCUACCCCAUACGGAGCCCGGUGUUUACUUCCCGAGCAUCGUCAAAGAGUGCCUCCACUAUCCCAUUUUGGGCGAGCGACUACAGCACUUUUGGUAUUAUGGCCUAUCGACUUGAGCAUCGACUGGACAAGAAUUUGUCGAGCCUGGAAAACGCAAAUCGAGCUGAAUUGCGCUUGGAAAAAGCCCGUGAUGAAAGCUGUAAUGCAAUCCUACAACCCAUCUUGUGUUGGUCAUUCUAUCAUGAUCGCUACCAUACCUGUGAGUAAUCAGGGUCUGAUAUCAAGGUGCAUGCUCUCUCCUUCAAUAAACUCCACUACAAUAUAAUGUCAACUCGCAUCGACCUUGGCUUCAACUCAUGUCAUGAGCGAGGGCUGAGGCUUAGGCACCUGAGAUUCCGGAAGUUGUUCCGUAACAGUGCAGACGUCAAGAUCGAUUGCUCAUGCGUGGUGAGUCGUGACAGGAUGCGAUCGUAACCCGCAGCCGGGCU